AUUUGCAUGUGUACUAAUUGGUACAAUAAAACAAACACUAUCUGGACACCUGACUCUGCUGCACUCAUUAUGUAGAUAAAAGAGACCAGAAUUUGCUAAAACAAUGAAGUGGCCUUAUUGUUUACAAGUCUAUAGUGUUGAGCAGAUGUAUCUUUUAAAACACCUUGGAUAAAAUACCAUUCAAAAUGAGAUCACUUCAUAAGAAAUCACAGCACAGUUAUAAAAACAAUCGCGCUAGGAAAAACAAAGGUGCACUUUUCAAAAAAGGAGUAUUUCCAAACUAUAACUGCAGUCAUGUGCGCUGUGUAGAGAAACAAGAUCAAGAUUCCAUUCCGUUGAAUUUAGACCCUGACCUGGAAAGUGUCGUGCGAUUGGGUGAUUCUGUGGCUAACGAUGUCUUGAAUGCGUGUAACCGUUCUCGAGAUCCACUUGUUCUCCCUUUUAAACUGCGACCACGUCAAACAGUACCACAGCCUGAGAAACAAAGUGCAAAUAUAUCUGACAAUGAGAACAUCAUUGUAAACAUAAGUCAGUUUGGAAACAUUUUCAAGUGCAUAGGGAAUCACAGCUGUGAUCAACCUAGCCUGGAUUACAAUAUCACAGACAGAAAAGGACUAUGUGUGGAUAUUAAGGUGUUAUGCCACAACUGUGACUUUUGCUCAGAUGAAAUUCCAUUAUACACCAGCAUCCCACAGAAGCAUGGCAAGCCACUAGGAGUCCUGAAUGUCAGCUUGCUUCUUCCAGUGCUGUGCUCAAAAUUGGGCAUAUCAGACAUACAGUUACUGCUGGCCUGCCUCAAUAUACAGGCUCCAGACAAGAGGGGCAUGCAGAGGAAGCUGAACACUGUUGCUGACCAAGUGGAAGACAUGGGACGUCAGCAACUAGUGAAAAAUCAGGAAUAUGUGAGGCGUAUUUCAAACCUUGCUGGGUGUUCCGGUGAAACAGAUGUGGAGUUUGAUGUCGCGUAUACAAGCAGACCACAAGCUGGAUGUGACACCGCAACUCAAGUUUUCGCACCUGUAAUUGAGAAAACAACAUCUAAACACCUGCCUGUAGAUCUUCACAUUGGAAAUAAACUUUGCAGCAAACCCAACUGUAAUCAUUUAGACAGAUCUUGCAAAAAGAAUUAUUGUGACGAAACAUCAAUUAAUCAGACAGAGGCAAUAUUUCUUAAAAAAUCUUUGGAAAAUAUCAAAAAUCAAAAUAUUCUAAAAGUUAAGUCUGUGACCACUGAUGGUAGUGCUUCACUUGCCAAAGCUAUGAGGGAGCACAAUGCCAAGGUACAGGAGAAAGUCCAACAUUUCAAGUGCUUUAUUCAUAAUAUGCGAAAUCUACACAAGCACUUGCGUUCCGCAUGCAUAAAGCAGCCAAAGGGAAUGGAUAGGCUCCUGUACUGCAAGAAAUUAGCUACAGCUAUCCGUACCAGAGUACGGCUCGAACUUACCAGACUGAGGAAGCUUCUGCGUGGGGACGAGUUGUACCUUGCCCGGGCUCGAGAAGCAGUCACUAAUGUUCUAGAUUGUUUCUCGGGGUCACACGAUAGCUGCAAGCACAAAUCUGUUGUCUGCACUGCACAUCUGAAAGCACACAGUACAAGGUAUUUGCCAUAUGGCAAGAAUGUUGUGUUGUCAGCAGCAGACAAACAUACAUUGCAGAAGGUCUUGGACAAGUACUGUGGAGUACAACAGCUAAGGGACACUGUGCAACUACACAAUACUAACAGAUGUGAAAACAUGCACAGUAGGCUGUUUUCAUAUGCUCCCAAGAGCAUGGUCUGGAAAACAUCAUUUACAGCUCUAUGCUACUCCGCAAGUCUCGGUGCAAGCGUGGGCCGUGGCUUAUCCUUACUUCAACUUGCUGGGCGCUGUGGCAUUAAUAUCAAGGUUCACCGCAACAAGGACAUGACGAUAUCUCUGAAGCUUGCUGAACCUGGCCUGGCUAUGGAUAUGAAGGUGGCCAUAUACACGGUGUGCGGCACUCCUACCUAUAUGGCCCCAGAAAUCCUCUCAGAGAUUGGUUACGGUCUGGAGGUGGACAUGUGGGCGGUGGGCGUGAUAACGUACAUCCUGCUGUGUGGGUUCCCACCUUUCCGAAGCCCCGACCGCAACCAGACAGAGCUGUUUGAGUUCAUCAAGGCGGGAGAAUACGAGUUCCUCAGUCCCUACUGGGACAACAUCUCUAAGCAUCUCCUGGUUGUGAACAAGAAGCGACGUUACACUGCUAUCGACGUUCUGUGCCAUCCCUGGAUCUUGUGUGGGGGCGACGUAUCGGGUAUGGAUGGGGCGCGCAUUGAGGAGCUAAAAAAGACGUCCCGGAAAGAGCUCGAGACUCAGGCCGCUCUCAAUCUCGAGUCUUAUCAGAAAAUAAAGGAGAAGCUUUAA